CAACUGAGCAGUCCACUAAUCCCACCAUUUCUCUCUUAGAAACCCUAGUCGGGCUUCUAUUUAUCCAUUGGCAGCAUUCAAUCCCCAAGAAUCUCAGAAAGCAAAACUCCAAAAAUGGCUUCUUCGCUUAUAUCCAAAACCCUAAACACCGUCAAAAUCCCCAAAUUCAGCUCAACCAUUGGUUUAUCAUCAUCUUUCACCCGUCAUUUCAACUCCACGGCCACCGCCCAACAACAGCCUCAAUCUGAUGGCCCGUCUUCCUCCUUCACCUUCUCAUCAGACGGUGCAGAAACUAGCCCCACCACUACCGAAAACAACAACAGACCUGACGACAGCGUAUUUGUUGGGGCACCGAGUUUGAGUCACAAAAGUGAAACAGGGUCGUCUUCGUCUACGGUGACGAUGCCAAUUUCGUUCAUGACGGGGUCUAUUGUGGGAAAAAGAUUUUAUAAGCAGGUGACGACGAGAGUCUCGGAAGAUGGGAUUGGAUGGACGGUGAUGCUUGACUAUAGGACGCUUAAGACUCCCUCCAAAAGGCCCUUAAAGCUUCCUACUUUGGCACUAGCCAAAGCCAUUGCUGCUGAGUGGGAGUACCAGUUAACAGAUGGGAUCAGACCAUUUACAAUGCCACUCAUGAGGCUAGCUUGUACUGCACUUGAAAGAGUUCCGCUUACACGGAAGAAGAUCAUUGAACAUCUUCUACAAAAGUUCAAUCAGGAUUUAGUUUUCUCUCGUGCUCCGGCAGAUAAUGAUCUGACAAGUGGUGUUCAUGAUCGGCAAGUGGAGAAAAUUGAUCCUUUACUUGAUUGGGUGAAGUCUGAGUUUGGCUUUAAACCCUUAGUGUACUCCAGCUUUUUUGGUGGCAAGCAGGAGGAAGGUCUUGUUAAUGCCGUACAAAAUGUUCUGGAGAAAACUGAUGACUGUGAAUUGGCAGCAAUUGAUGCAAUUGCAGCGUCAGCACACUCUCUGGUCAUUGCUAUUGGAAUCUUUCGUGGGAAAUUGGAGAUUGAAGAAGCGAUUGAGUUGAUUAGACUAGAAGAAGAUUUGCAGGUGGAUAGAUGGGGUUUAGUCGAAGGUGGUCAUGAUCUUGAUAUUGCUGAUCUCGGAGUACAAAUAUCCUCUGCAGCUGCAUUCCUUGGCCUUUCAAGGAGGAUCUAAUCUCUGCCUCCCCGGGUAUUUUGCAACUGUUGGCUUGAUAAAGUUAAGUAGGAUCCAUCUUACUCAUAUGUUGUAGAUUUGUAGAAUUCCAAAUUAUUUGCGAGGCUCAUCAAGUGUGGUUGAUCUGAUACGUUUGGUGAUGACGAAAUAAUGAGUGAUUCCAUAUAGAUUUCCAUUGGAAUCCGGUUUUUGGGUUUUGUAUUCAAUAGAAUUCAAUGCCAGAAUUUAUGAUGGCCUUCUAUAGAGCAUUUUGGCUUGUGGCAAUUACUAUUUAUUUGCCUUGAAUAAUUUUGUUUUUAUAUCUACCUUGAGACGAGCCAAGUCUAUAGAAACCUGAUAAUCAGGAAAAAAGGACUUGGAAUUUAAAAUGCUCAUAUGUUUCUCUGCGCUA